AAAAUGCCUGCGAAUUCCCACCACUGCAGAAUCUUGAUUCUUAUUAUCUCUUUGUUCAAGUAUUACUGUCGAAAUCAACGAUUUUUUAUGGUCCAUAAAAAUGAAUUACAAUCGUUAUAAUAAAUCGUAAACUUUAUCACGAGCAUCUCUAUGUAUGCAUGGCUGAAUAGGUUUGGUACACUAAAAAUCAUUUGUCAUUUGAAUGUACCUCAAAACUUAAGCAAGGUCACCUCUUAUGUUGUCAUCAGGGCUUUUAGUCUCGGACCAAAUCUUUGACUGGAAUGAAACCAGUUUUUGAUGAGUUUCCAUAUGUACAAACCUGAAAAAAUGUCGAGUUUAUGCAGACCAACUUACAUACAACAAAAGCAAAGAUGCAUGGUUGUAUAACUACAAGUUAAACUUGAGAGCAAAAGUUAAGAAGUUAUAGAAGUUCACAAUGAAUAUUGCACCGAUCCAGCAAGGCGGUGGAAUGCCAAUGGGUCCAAUGUCCCAGCCGGCAAAUGCACAAAUGGCUCAAAAUCAGCAACAAGUGCAGCAACAAGCACAGCAGCAAGCGCAGCAGCAGCAACAACAACAACAACAACAGCAACAACCUCAGGAAAGACUAGACAACAUUUCGAAAGUGAAAUCCCUCGUGGGUCCCCUGCGAGAAUCUCUAUCAGUGGCUCUGAAAACCGCUGCGCAAACUUUCCAUCAAAAUAGUUUUGUAGAUAACGGUUCGUUGAAAGGCAUCGAUCCUCUGGAUCACAGAUUCAACAAAAACAUGGAGGAAUUUUAUUCCAUAUGCGAUCAAAUAGAACUUCAUCUCAAAACUUCCAUAGAAUGUGUGUCCCAAAAUUCAAGCUCUUUGAGAUAUCUUCAGCUGCCGGUGAUACCAACGAGAACCGACAGCGUUACUACUCAAGAUGGCCCUGCUCUGACAUAUCCACAAUUCCUGAUGACCGUCAGAGCUCAAGUUUCUUAUGCCCGCGAAGUUCAUGAUACCCUCAUCACUGCAGCUCACACUAUGGGGCCUGGAGAUUAAUAUCUUAACUCUUGAAAGUUGUAACUGACUCAGCAUUGUCCAAUCAUUUGUAAAUAUUUCCUUGAACUCAAAACGUGUUAACGAUCGUGUUUAUUAUUUUUUUAAUUAAUAUUCGAGGGAUCGAGACAAUUCUGUAAUCACAAUCUGGUCAAAUUCAAACUUAACUAAGAAUCAAACGAAUUUUACUCGAUUGCAGACAUCAAAGAAAUAAUCGAAAUCUUUGAAUAUGAGAUUUCUAGGACAUUCCGAAGAAAAUUCAGAUUUCGCUCAUGCCUCACCAAGAAUAACAGACAAAUUAAAUUUUUAUAAUAAAAAAAAUAUAAAUAACACUUUUUCAAAAUAAAUUCUCAAGAGUCUCACAAACUCAAAACAAUCUCGUGAAAAUGCCAAUAGUUUGAAAUUUUCUAUAAAAUCGAUCCACGCAGAUGUACUUUUCUUUCAGCAACGUGUAACUCUCGUAUUGCUUUAAAAUUUUUACAAAGACGAUCGAAAAAGUCUGUAUCCCCCAUCUACAUAUUUCAUCACAAAUUCUACUCCAAAUAAAUGAUGAAUAAAUCGAA